AUGAUUGGUUCAACAUUGCUCUAGUGGUUCCAUUGGCAGAAAUGUGCCUUCUGUUGGUUCGUUUUCUUUUCGGAGUCAAGAUUUGGCAUAAUAAAAUGCGAGAAAUGUCCAGUAAUCAAGAGACGGUGACACAGCUGUGAAAGGACUUGUGAUACGGAAAAUAUUUUGCGGUUAAUAGAUUCCACUGCAGAGCAUAGGGUUCAUAGUAUACAUACUCCCAAUAUACCAGUUGAAAACCUGAUCUAUAACAUUCAACAGUUUUCCUUUCAUAACACAGUUGCAUAUUUUACAGACAGAAUGGGUUUACUAAGUGCUGGAGAACCAAUGAGCUGGGAGGAAAUGAAACCCUGGCAAUUGCAUGUCAGGAAAUACGGUGUUAAACAGUUCAUCAAGCUGUACAAUAGAUUAAAGGAUGAGAAAGGUCGAGCCCUAAAGUGGGGAGAUGAAGUAGAAUAUAUUAUUGUGAAGCUAGACCACGAGUCCAGGAAAGCACGUGUAAGCUUGAAGGCGGAGGAACUCCUCGCUAAGCUGACGGUUAAGGAGGAGUUGAUGAAGGAGGAGGUGGAGAAGACUGGAAGCUCUCAGAUAGAGCUGCUCUCCCUGUGGAGACCGGAGUACGCCAGCUAUAUGGUUGAGGGAACCCCCGGGGUACCCUACGAGGGAAGCAUGAGCUUCUUUAACACAGUUGAGCACAAUAUGAGGGUUCGAAGAAACGAACUUGAAGCACUGUUAGAGAAAGAUGAGAUCUGUGUUUCCCUCUCGACCUACCCUAGACUAGGCUGUCCAGAUUUUACAUUUCCCCCAACCCAUCCAGAUCCUCAGAACCCAGACAACUUUACUAAAUCGUUAUUCUGGCCGAGCAAAGCAACAUUUUUGGGACAUCCAAGGUUCUCCCGGCUCUCUGCUAAUAUCAGGGAGCGAAGAGGGGAAAAGGUCGCCAUUAAUGUGCCAAUUUUUAAAGAUGUAAAUACUCCAGAUCCAUUUAUUGAAGAUUUUUCUGGACUGGGAGAUGAUGGAUCAAGUGCUAACGCUGCUAAACCUGAUCAUGUGUACAUGGAUGCUAUGGGGUUCGGCAUGGGUCUAUGCUGUCUCCAGUUGACCUUCCAGGCUGAUAAUAUCUGUGAGGCUAGAUCUCUUUAUGAUCAGCUAGCUCCCCUCUGCCCCAUCAUGCUGGCCCUUACCGCUGCCAGCCCCUGCCAUAGAGGAUACUUGGUGGAUACAGACUGUAGAUGGGAUAUUAUUGCUGCCAGUGUGGAUGACAGAACCCGUGAGGAGAGAGGAUUAGACCCCCUUGUGCACAACAAGUUUGUAAUCCCGAAAUCUAGAUACGAUUCUAUCGACUCCUAUCUGUCAGGGUGCUGCAAGAACUGGAAUGGAUACAAUGAUAAAGAGUUGAUCUAUGAUGAAGAAAUCUUCAAAGAGCUCUGUGAUGGUGGAGUUGAUGUACUCAUGGCUCAACAUGUGGCUCAUCUUUUUAUUAGAGACUCGGUGAGUAUGUUCCAGAACAAGAUUAAAUCUGACGGUAGCUAUGAUGAAGACGACCUUGAUCACUUUGAGAACAUCCAAUCCACGAACUGGCAGACCAUGAGGUUCAAACCCCCGCCCCCUGGCCAGGGUAUCGGUUGGAGGGUGGAGUUCAGACCAUGUGAACUUCAGAUUUCUGAUUUCGAGAAUGCCGCUGUGGUUUGUUUUGUUGUUCUCCUCACGCGCGCAAUUCUAAGUUACAAGUGGAACCUGCUGAUGCCGAUAAGUCUGAUGGACGAGAACAUGAAGCGGGCGCAGAAGAGGGAUGCUGUGCUUAAUCAGAAGUUUUACUGGAGGAAGGAUAUAUUUACUGUCUCUGAGGACUCUGAUCCUCAGAUUGAGGAGUUGAGUGUUGAUGAAAUAUUGAACGGUAUCCCGGGAUCAGAUUAUCAGGGAUUACUGGCGCUUGUACGAGAGUACAUGAGAGGUCUGGAUGAUGUAGAAGCUGAUACAAGCUGUACAUUAAGUAACUAUUGGCAGCUGUUGUCCCAGCGCGCAUCUGGAAAACUUAAAACAAACGCGCGCUGGAUCCGUGACUAUAUUAGCAAACACCCAUCAUACAGGGGGGACAGCAUGGUUCCUGAGAACACCCUGUAUGAUCUGAUGGUGGAUAUAGACAAGAUACAGAAGGGAGAACUCAAGGAUGCCGCGCUAUUUGUUAGAGCUGAGCGCAAAUCUAAAACAAAAGAUAUAAAAAGCUGAAAAAUAUAGAAUUUACUCUGAGGCCCAUAUUGUAUUUUAACUAAUCCACAGUUUUGUGGGUUUCACUGUGUAUCAAGGUAUUCUGGCCUGAAGAGGAUAAAUUUGAGAAGAAUAAAUAUCUUAAAGAUCUGCCUUUAAAACUUAUACUGCAGUAUGAUGAACUAAUAUUAAUUUGUAGAAAAAAACUUUUUUAAGAGAAUUUUUUUUGGAAAUCAAAGUUAUUAUAAAUUACAAAAAUUAGUUUAC